CAGCCGGGGAUCAGCCGAUGGCAUGUCGCUGGGCCCUUCCCGCCGCCAUGACGUUGGAGCUCUCGUGCUUCCCAGAGCCUCACGGCGACUUCAAGACUUGCUUCACGUGUCCCUCUGACUGUUGAUGUCGACAUCAUCUCCGAUCAGCCGCCGUCGAGCCGAGGCUGAGACCGGCAAAAUGAUGCCGCAAUCGUCGUCGCCAUAACGUAACUGCCGUCCGCCAUCCCCGCAAAUCGGAGAUAGGAAAUAGUCCCGCUACCCAGGUACGUGCUGCUACCUACCCCUCAUAUCUUCUUUCUCUGCACUCUACUUCACUUCAAAGCGUGCCGUCGCGUAGACCGAAUUGCGGUCAGUGUAGUCAUCAUGCCUCUUAACGCCAAUGCCAUAUACCCCGCCACAGACCCCGAAUUCGUCGCUUUCCCCAGCCGGCGGAGUACCGUCCACAGCACCAAGGGCAUUGUCGCCUCGACCCAACCUCUUGCUACCCAAGCCGGUAUCAGAACCCUGAGAGAUGGCGGAAACGCUGCCGAUGCUGCUGUUGCUGUGGCAGCCGCCCUCAAUAUGACUGAACCGGGCUCAACUGGCAUUGGAGGGGACUGCUUCUGCCUUUUCUACGAUGCGAAGACGAAGAAGGUGCACGCCAUGAACGGCUCAGGGCGUUCUGGUGCGAACGUGACUCUGGAGACGAUCCGAAAGGACCUCGGCAUUCCAGAGGGCGAGUCUGGGAGCAUUCCCAUGAGUAGCGUGCAUGCUGUCACUGUUCCCGGUGCUGCAGCAGGCUGGGUCGAUGCGGUAGAGAGGUUUGGCAGCGGGAAGCUAUCCUUGGAACAGAUCCUCACGCCGGCCAUUGAACUGGGUGAGCAGGGAUUCCCUGUAUCCGAGCUGUCCUCCACAUUUUGGCAUACAAGCGAAAGCGCGAUCCGCAAGGCAUCUCCCAACUUUGCCGAGAUGUUAAAAAAAGAUCCAAAUGCGCCAAAUUGUUACCGGGCACCCAAACCCGGCGAGAUCUUCAAGAACCCGACUUUGGCUAACACUUUCCGGCUGCUUGGCAAGCAUGGGAAAAAGGGGUUCUACGAGGGCCCUGUGGCUGAAGCGCUGAUCAAGGUCGUGCAAGACCUGGGCGGACGUCUGACGCUGGAUGAUUUGAAGAAGCACGCUGAGCUUGGCAGUGAGCCGGUUGAUGCCAUUUCACUGAAAUUUAACGGCCAAAAUGUUGGCAAGAAGCAUAGUGUCCACAUGAACGACAAUGCGGAUCAGGGUGUGGAGGUUUGGGAGCAUCCGCCAAACGGCCAGGGAAUUGUGGCUCUGAUGGCUCUGGGCAUGCUGGAAGAAUUGGAGAAAGCGGGCAAGAUUCCUGCCUUCAAAACAGGGGACCACAAUUCUGCCGAGCAUUUGCACGCUGUCGUCGAGGUCCUGCGGAUUGCCUUUGCCGACGCCAACUGGUGGAUUACUGACCCGAACGUCGAGAAGGUGCCGACUCAGGAGCUCAUCUCUCAAAAAUACCUGGCCGAGCGCGCGAAACUCUUCGAUCCGAACAAAGCUUCGGACGUUUUGCACCACGGGUCCCCGGCGCAUAACCACAGCGACACCGUCUACUUUUGCUGCACAGACUCGGAAGGUAACGGUAUAUCGUUCAUCAACAGCAACUACGGUGGCUACGGCACCGCCAUCAUCCCCAAGGAUUGCGGCUUCACGCUGCAGAACCGUGGGGCGAACUUUGUGCUCAUCGAGGGACACCCGAACGUGCUGGCGCCGAGCAAGCGGCCCUAUCACACGAUCAUCCCGGCCAUGAUCACGAACCCGAGUGAUGGCAGCCUGCAUACGGUGUACGGUGUCAUGGGCGGUUUCAUGCAGCCGCAGGGCCACGUGCAAGUGCUGCUCAACAUGCUGGCCUUUGACCUCACGCCGCAGGCGGCCUUGGACGCGCCGCGCGUGUGCAUUGGGGCAGGCAUGCCGGAUCAGAGCAACAAGCAAAAGGUGGUGGACCGUACGGUGUACCUAGAGGAGGGCAUCAAGCAGUCGGUGGCGGACAAGCUGGCGGCCAUGGGCCACAAGGUUCGGAUGGUGAGUGGACACUCACGGGGGCUGUUUGGACGCGGGCAAGUGAUCCGGAGCCACGUGGAGGAGGGGCAGGUGGUUUAUAGCGCAGGCAGCGAUCCGCGGGGGGAUGGGGCAGCGAUGCCUUUGUAGGGUACUACGUAGAUCGUCACAAUGGGAAGUCACGUCCACCUGUCGGGGUUAAGACUGGACCGAGG